AGGUGGGUGCUCCUCCCCGGGGCCGCCCCGGGGCACACGCGUGUGCGCACGGCCUCGCACGCCCGCCCGGGGCACCCCCUCCCCCAUCCCGGCCCCCCCCUCCCUCACACACGCACACGCGUGUGCGGGGGGGUGGCGUGUGCUGGGAACACGCCUCGUGUCUGCACGCACGGAGACGGGGGGUGCGCGGUGGGGCCGGCGCACGGGGGCACGUGUGCAAACGGGGGGGGCACAAGAGCUGCUCGCACACGCGCGCAGGCAGACGUGUGUGCAGAAGAGGUGCUCACGUGCCUGCACACACACACACACGUGCACAGACAUGCACAGGAGCUGCUCACACGCCUGCACACGCAUACGUAUGUUCACAUGUGUGCACAAGUGCUGCUCACACACCCGCAUAUGCACACACGUGCACACACGAGUGCACAAGUGCUGCUCGCACACCUGCAUAUGCACACACACGUGCAGAGACGCGCACAGGAGCUGCUCACAUGCCUGCACACGCAUACGUACGUUCACGCCGGGGUGCACGAGAGCUGCUCACACACCCGCAUAUGCACACACACAUGCACACAUGUGUGCACAAGUGUUCUUCACACACCUGCAUAUGCACACACACGUGCACAGGCAUGCACAGGAGCUGCUCACACACCAGCACACACAUACAUACAUUCACACGUGUGCACAAGUGCUCCUCACACACACAUGCAGAGACACGUACAGGAGCUGCUCACAUGCCUGCACACGCAUAUGUAUGUUCACACAUGUGCACAAGUGCUGCUCAUACACCUGCAUAUGCACACACACAUGCACACACACAUGCACAAGUGUUCCUCACACACCUGCACACGCAUACGUACGUUCACACAUGUGCACAAGUGCUGCUCACACACCUGCAUAUGCACACACGUGCAGAGACAUGCACAGGAGCUGCUCACACACCUGCACAUGCAUACAUACGUGCACACAUGUGCACAAGUGCUGCUCACACACACGUGCAGAGACACGCACAGGAGCUGCUCACAUGCCUGCACACGCAUACAUAUGUUCACACAUGUGCACAAGUGCUGCUCACACAAGCAGAGACAUGCACAGGAGCUGCUCACACGCCUGCACACGCAUAUGUACCUUCACACAGGGGUGCACGAGAGCUGCUGACACACCAGCAUAUACACACACACGUGCACAGACAUGCACGAGAGCUGCUCACAGACCAGCAUAUGCACACACACGUGCACAAAUGUGCACAAGAGCUGGUCACACGCCUGCACACGCACACACGUGCCCAAGAGCUGCUCACACACCACCACACACGCACACACACACACACAGACUCCCACGUGCCCCUCGCACGCCCCCCUCACACUCGCGCCCCCUUGCACGUGGCCCCGCCCCUUGCACGCCCACACACGUGUGCUCCCUGCCCUGCGGCACACGCUCCUGCCCCCGUGCACACGCGUGUGCUCUGUGCACGCCCUGCCCCCCCCCAGCCCCGCCUGACGGACGGACGGACGGACAGGGAGGUGUCCGGGUGUCACCCCCACGUGCGAGGCCGUCGCACGCCCGCUGCCACCGGGGUCCUCGUGCGAGGACACCCCCCUCCCCCCUCGCCCCUCCCCCA